AUGCUUUGCUUGUGCAGAAACCUUCCUCGGGCCAACAUCAUCGGCGUCGUCCUCGUCACUGUCGUCUACGUCCUCACCAACAUCUCCUACUUGGCCGUGCUGAGCACUCAGCAACUGUUAGACUCUGCGGCUGUGGCAGUGACAUGGGGUGAUCUCAUUCUUGGAGCCGCCGCCAUCAUCGUGCCUUUGUCAGUCAUGAUCUCAGCAUUCGGGGCGGCAAACGGAACAGCCUUCAGUGGAUCCAGGGUGGUGUACGCCGCGGCCCGCGACUACAACCUGCCGGAAGUGUUGUCGUACAUCCAGGUGAAGCAGCUCACGCCGAUGCCGUUGAUGUUAUUUAAGAUCUUCAUCUCCCUCCUCAUGAUCAUCCCCGGUGACAUCGGCAGCCUCAUCGAUUUCUUCAGCUUCACCGCCUGGGCGUUCUACGGCAUGACCUUCCUCUCCCCUAUCGUCCUCAGGUUCAGGAUGAAGGGCGCACCAAGACCAUAUAAGGUCCCAAUACCUAUCCCCGUGAUAAUGUUCCUGGUGUCCAUCUAA